AUGGCUUUAUUCAAGCCUCGUCCUGUUGUUAUAUCGGGUCCAAGCGGAUCUGGCAAGAGUACAUUAAUUAAUCAAUUAUUCAAAGAAUAUCCAACAGCAUUUGCUUUUAGCGUUUCUCAUACUACACGAACACCUCGACCUGGUGAACAGAAUGGUCGAGAAUAUUAUUUUGUAUCACAAAAUCAAAUGGAAAAAAUGAUUGCUAAUGGUGAAUUUGUUGAAACAACAGAAUUUUCUUCAAAUUUCUAUGGAACAAGUAAAAAAGCUGUUGAAGAUGUAGCUAAAACAGGUCGUUUAUGUGUACUGGAUGUUGAUAAAGAAGGUGUUAAAAGUAUUCGAAAAACAAAUCUUAAUCCAUUAGUUAUUUAUAUAACUCCACCAAGUUAUGAAAUUCUUGAAAAACGUUUACGUGCACGUAACACCGAUAAUGAAAAUGCCAUUCAAUUCCGUUUAAAAGAAUCGAAAGAGUCAAUGGAAUUUAGUAAAGAACCAGGUGUAUAUGAUCAUAUUGUAAUAAAUGAUAAACUUGAUGUAGCUUAUAAAGAUUUAAAAGAAGUUCUUCGUAAAGAUAUUGAAGCAGUUUUACAACAGCAAAAAAUGAACAAUAAUGACCAAAAAUAA